AUCGGGCACAGCACCUAGUGUUUCCAGAGCCUUCCCGAGCGCCGCCUCGCUCGACUGGUUGCUGGUUCCCCGCCUCGCAGCAGCAGCCCCACGUCCCGCCGUGCAGCUCUGCGAACGAGGGACGCGCGACCCGCGCAGAAGCCGGAGGCACGCGACCACGGCACGAGGCAUCUGGCGCCCGCCGGCCCGGAGGCCCGAGAGAGAACGGACGUAGCCAAAGGAAGGGCGCUUACCCUCGUCGUCGCCUACCUCUACGCUCCCUCCGCUUGUUGCCUAGUACGUCUGCUACGUGCUAUCCGCCACCCGCGAAGGAGCAGCAGUGUCCACGCCGGCGCCAUUGGAAUGCACAUAUGAUGAAGCAGGCAAGUAGUGCCAGCCCUUCGCGGCUCCCCGCGCGCCCUCCCACUCCGCCGAGCGCACCAGCAAGCGCCCUGGCAGGCGGAGCGGCCAUUGGAAGAUGCCCGAUAGCUGCUCGACGAAAUGCCUCCAAGGCAAGCUACUCACUAACCCAACACUGGAACCAGACGUCCUCUGCCUAGGAACAAGGUGGCAACAACGUCCUCGGCCACGUUUUACUCGCAUUCGAUGAACAAGGUACUGUGUCGUUUUAUAAGAUAGCUUCUUGUUGUCUAAGAUCUAAUAUGCAUAUGCAUGCAGGCUGUUCAAUUCAUAUAUGCAGAUGCAUGUGUGGGCACGCGUGAUAGAGAAGCUAGCUAUAUACAAAGCAUGGUGAUUGGGUACAGCGCGCGGCGUCACCAUCAGCAGCCAGACCUCACCAGGAAGCUGUGUACUCAUCCUCACUGGGUGAGCUUGUGGACCUAUAGAAAUGACUGCAGCUUGUUAUUUUGCAAGCUCUUGCCCCCAUCAAAGAUAUCUUGCUUGCCCAACUUAAGCAAAGCUGACAGCAUGAGAUAUGCUCUAUAUGUAUUUGAUGAAAUGCACAGGUGUGGACCAGCGUACUCAUAGUCAUAGCUAUUGCUGAUGAACGCGACAUACAAGCUCUGAGACUUAGAUGAUGGAUAAUGUACGCUGGAACGGUGGGGCCAAAGAAAAAGCCAAUAAGAAGGAGACACCUGGAACUGUCGGGCACAGUGCAGGGAGGGGGAGCCGAAGAGGCAGGAAGGAACCGCAGCCGCGUUGUUCUUCGUCCCUCCCCAAAACCCUCUCCUCUCCAAAGAGAAUUCCCAAAUCUACAACCCUGUCAGCGUGGAUCCGUCGGUUCUUGAGCCCGAGUCGCCGCGUCAGGGGCAUCUUCAUCCGUGAGUGAUCGUCGGGUUCUUUGGCCGGUUUCUCAGAAUUUGCAUUCUUGGUCGUAAUCCUUGCUCCUACCAGAAAUGUUUCAUCCGUGAGGUGAUUGCUCUCCUCCCCUGCCUCCGCCUCCAAUCUCUUGAGCUUUCUGUUGAUUCCAGAUGGGUGCCUGCGGAAGCAAGCGACUGAUGCCGCUGGAUCGGCAGCUGCACAAGGAGGUGCCUCACGGCAGCAUCGAGCGAAUUCGUGCCCUCCGAGCGCAGGCCGCAGACCUCGAGUCGACUGACUCGCUCAGGAAGACCCCCCUGAUGAAGGCGAGCGCGUGGCCUGGGCCUGGAAUGGCCCUGGUGCUUAUUGAAUUGGGGGCAGAUAUCAAUGCUUACCGACGGGGUAUGUAGGAAUGCUCUUCCCAUGUCUUCUAUUAUUCCUAUGAUGCACAAAAGGUGCAUUGCAAAUUCAGUGGCCCCAUAGGAAACAUUUACUUCUACCAUAUGUUGUGAUUUUCACAAACGCUCGAUUUGGUGUUGCCUCACAUCUAUCAUUCCAGCUCUCAUUAGUAAAAAUGUGUUUUCUUGUGACUUGUGAUCCUUCGAAAUUAUGACAAAGCUAGGCGGAUCUAGGAUUGGUGCAAAGACUAGAGCUCUCUCCUUUUUUUUUCCUUUUGAAACGAACUGUCAGCUCUCGUGUCAAUUAUAUUAAAAAGAAGUAUUAGAGCGUCUGUAAUUAGGCAAAUUCAUACUUUAUUGGCUAAACAUGCACUAACUGCAAGCGAGGUUACUAUUUUGUUAUAAUGUCCAUGAUGCCUCCCUCUCUAAAUGGCUGAAUCACGUCAUGCAACUGCACUGCACCAUGCUGCCGAUUCUGGUGCCGAGACAGUUGUUGAAUUACUUAUCAUACAUGGAGCGAAUCCUUAUUUAAGAAACGACUAUGGUGAGACCGCACUUGAAUUGGCGAGACGAAAAGGCCAUUUGUACGUUGUAUGGGCCAUAGAGCGAUGCAUUUGUCUAUUUCGUGGAUGCAUGAGGGAGAAAUAUGGUGCUGAUUCGUUCAUGACAAAUAAGAUUUGGGCAGUAGUUUUACCCUGUGAAGCGCAGAAUCCAACCAGGCCCCUCAAGUUGGAGUUAGCUAUAUACCAUGCAUUGCAGAAUUCUAAACCACAUGCUGUAAUUGAACUAUGGAAAUCCCAAAUUGAGGAAGGAAAGCUUAAUGAGGAAGACCCUUCCAUAACAAUUUUUGACAAAGAAACAGAAAGUCGAUACGAGAUUUUAUCAGCCGAUGAAGGUGACAAACAUAUGCUUCAACGGUUUUAUGAUGCAUUUCAUGGCACAGCAGAGGUUGUCAACCCGGUUCCGGCACAACCAGCAGAACCACCAAUACCGAGAUCAUUACCUGCAACUUCAUCUUUGGCACACAGCUAUGCUGAGUUAGCAAGGGCUAAAGCAGAGGGAGUUCCAAAUGUUCAGCCCAGUGCGUCAAGUGCAUACAUGGACGACUGGGGGAGGCUUCGAAGCAACUCUCUCAUUGGCCGAUACGGCCGACCGGAUGCUCCUGCGCCUUUGAUGAUAAGUGGCCAUGCUCAAGUCGACACCAAAAGAAGCAGUAGACACAAUGGACGGGGCAUGGCUGGAACAAGUUACAACCAAAAGAGUCCAGACGCAAGCUCUGGUGAACCUGUGGAAAGCGAAGCUAAGAUGACCAACAAUGGUAAUCCCUGGCGCAGAUGUGUUAUAUGUUUGGAUGCCGCAGUGGAAGGUGCCUGUGUUCCGUGCGAGCAUAUGGCUUUCUGCAUGCCCUGCUUGAAGGACAUAAAAUCCAAGAAUGGGGCGUGCCCUAUUUGCCGCGCCGCAAUCAACCAGGUUAUCCGCCUCUAUCAGGUUUGAGGAGUAGACUUGGAAAAUUGGCAAUUGGUACCUUUCCUAUAAGCUCAGAUGGCGAUGUCUCUAUCUAGAAAUUAAUGAUUGCAUAGUUCAUGCUGCAAUGACUUUGUCCAAUUGUGAAUUGGUUGAGCUAGAAGCCCACUAGUAUAGGGCAGUUAUAUGCACAUAUCUGUUUAAGUCAAUUAUGUGUGAACACACCCCCGGCAGACGGCAGUUCAUCUAAUGGCAUUUGCUGAUCCUCGUUGAAA